UGGUCAAAUGUGCCACUCGAGAAUCGAGAUUAGCUCUCCUUGACUUUUAAGGUGCGUGGCGUGGGUGCGGUUGGUGAAGCCUGAAGAAAAAAGGCGGUGGAAGAAGUUGAAAACGUCGGCAGGGCAUCCAUAAAGCCCCGACGUGCGAGUGCAAUUGCCUUCUCCUUCUCCAAAGACGCAAGCUUUUGAUAAAAUUACAGUCUUUACAGGCAGACAGGUAACAAAUAGAAACAUGGCUGGUGUGUCGGCUGGGAAGAAGCUCAUUCAAAUUGACAUCGUGUCGGAUACGGUGUGCCCGUGGUGCUUUGUGGGCAAGAGAAAUCUUGAAAAAGCUUUUGAGGCAUCUCGUGAUCGAUUCGACUUUGAGGUUAGAUGGCAUCCAUUCCAACUUAAUCCCAAUGCGCCUAAAGAAGGCGUUGAUAAGAGAAGUUAUUAUGAGGAAAAAUUUGGGACUAAUAGGUCGAAACAAAUGGAGGCUCGGAUGGCAGAGAUUUUCCGAAGCCACGGCCUGGAAUAUAACCUGUCCGGGCUCACUGGAAGUACUCUAGAUAGCCACAGGCUUAUCUAUUUUGCUGGGCUUCAAGGGCAUGAUAAGCAACACGCUCUUGUGGCUGAACUAUUUCUUGGAUACUUCACACAGGCAAAAUACAUCGGGGACAGGGAAUUUCUUCUGGAAAGUGCUCAAAAGGUUGGAGUAGAAGGGGCAGCAGAGUUUCUUGAAGACCCCAACAAUGGGCUCAAUGAGGUCAAUGAAGAGCUCGAGAAGUACACAAGAAACAUCAAUGGAGUCCCACAUUUUUGUUUAACAAUGGAAAGCUUGCGUUAAGUGGCGGUCAACCGCCCGAGGUGUUCUUGAGAGCUUUUGAAGCAGCCACAAAGUGAUGGAACCUUACAUAUACGAGCUUUCGCUCUCCAUCUCCAAUAAGAAUCCAACCUUGGAAAUAUAUUUUCAAUACAUAUGAGUAAUUUUCAUCAUGUUUGAGUGUGAAUCGUGAACCUUAUUUUUCACAUGAUGUAAUAAUGCCAAUGGUGGCAAUGGUUUGUUUAUAUAUGUCUAUCCAUGUGACACCCGGUUUUCUCUUAUUCCUUUA